UACCUUUCAACAAUAUUGCACGAAUGAAGUGAACCCUCGUUUUUCUGAAGCUCACUGUUCAUGGUGUCAAUGGCGAGCUCUACUGAAACCUCAAAAUGGCUGACUUUAUCCGUCACACUCGCCCUCGCCACCGUUUCUACAUCCACCGCCGUAUCGGUUUACUAUUGGAGUAAGAGAAAAACGCAAGAUUCCGAUGAUAAGCUUAUAAAGGAACUUCAAAAAUCUCUGAAGGAAUCAUUAGAAAAGUGUGCUGCUGAGAGGCAAGGCCGAAUUAGAGCUCAACAGGAUUUAAGAAAAGCAAUGCUCCAAGCUAAAACAGAUAACUUGGAGACGAUUUAUCCCAUGGCUACUAUUGCCAUCAUCAGAUCUUGUUUCUCAACGAGGAAUGGAACACCAAGGCAACCUCUAAUUGUACCUCUUGCAAGGGCAGUUUUGACAUUUGAUACAUCCCGGGUCCCACCAUCUUCUCUUGAAGGUCUUGAAGAGUAUUCCCAUUGUUGGAUCAUAUAUGUUUUUCAUCUUAAUACAGAUCUUGAAAAGUUAUGGAAACAUCCAUCUAGGUCUAAGUUGAAAGCAAAGGUAAGAGUACCAAGAUUGAAAGGUGAAAAGAAGGGGCUCUUUGCUACAAGAUCACCACAUCGCCCAUGUCCAAUUGGUCUUACAGUUGCAAAAGUGGAGUCAGUUCAAGGAAAUAGCAUCCUGCUUUCUGGUGUGGAUUUGGUUAAUGGCACUCCUGUUCUGGAUGUGAAGCCCUAUCUACCAUACUGUGAUAGCAUCAAAGAAGCAGUAGUGCCCAAUUGGGUUAAGAUGGAUGAUAUGUUGGCUGUGGGAUCUGUUGAUUUCUCUGAUGAUUUUUUAGCAACUUUAACUCGUUAUUGGCCUACAAUGGUUAAGAAGUCGUUAUAUAAAUCACCCGAAGAAUUUAAAAGUUUAAUAAAACAAGUGCUUUCAUGGGACAUAAGAUCGGUAUCACAAAGAAUCCAAGAUGAAGAAGAAGAAUCUUCUACAAAUGAAUCUCAUGAUACAAUUUAUCACGUGAAUUUAGAAGGAUUUGAUGUUACAUAUAGAAUUACAUUAAAUGGUAAUGUACUUGUGGAUGAUAUUACCCUAGUAUUAUUAACUUGAAAAAAAAAAAAAUUUGGAGACUUUUUUUUUGUAUUUUAAAAAGACAUAUUAGAUGAUAUUGUCUUACUUUU